AAACAAUAUAAUGCAUAAUCAAGUGAACCACCUGAAAAUCCUGAUGUCUUGGGGAAACCUGAAUAUUUGUAGUUGUGGAAUAUAUAUAUAUAUAUGUGUGUGUGUGUGUGUGUGUGUGUGUGUGUGUGUGUGUGUGUGUGUAUAGAUGCAGAAUGAAACAGUAAUAUUACAUUUUGGUUGUAUCAUGUCUAAAGAUACAUUUACAGUGAUUGUAUAUAAGAGGCUAAAUAACAGGAACCAGGAGUGGGUUUCCUUUUGACAUACCAUGUCAUCAAAUUACACUACAACAGCAUAGUGCUCAAAUGAUUAAACAGAGCAUGUAAAUGUUUCACACAUACAAAGUUUGUAGACUCAAUAUUAUGACAUAAAAUAGGCUGAAGCACAUACAAAUGUAUGUAAAAUGUCCAGUUAAAAUGUACUGGAAUAAAAUACAAUUUAUAAUUACAAAUUCAAAAACCUGAAUGUGUUAACAUUAAACCAACCUUUAAACCAGUAUUCAAAUAUAGAUAGGCCUUGGCUGCGUAUAAUCUUCAAACGGGAAUUGUAUUGCAAUGAUGUGUCACCCUUGAAAAACUAAAUGUUUUGAAAGGGAACAGUUAAUCAGGGUGUGUAUCCAGUGAAAACAAUCACCUGGAAUGGGACAACAGCAUAAAGCAAGGUGAGAGUACCUACAACAAUGCCCUUCGCUGCCCUUCAGAUUAUGAAGGGGAAAGAAGGAGGGGUUUAUAGGAAACCUGAUGUCCAGGUAGAGAGAACCCUUUCACUGAUUGUUUCUCUUGUUUCACCCGUGUGUAUUAGCUGCCCUAAAAACAGUGCUGAAGUUCAGCAGACAUAUUGUCACUACAAUAAAGGAGACAGGGCAUUGUGAAAUUGGUCUGUGAACAGUGCUAAAUUUCAGCUCACACAAGACAACUUUCAGACGGACAACUGUGAAGAAAAGCAAAAAGAUGACUGCCAAAAAAGUCCAGGUGCGAAGGGUUGUUUCGAAGGACGGACACAACAAUGUGAAGAUUGAGAAUGUUGAGGGCAUGGUGAAGCUGUAUCUGCAUGACAUAUGGACAACAGUGGUGGACAUGAAGUGGCGCUACAAGCUUACUCUUUUUGCCUCAACGUUUGUGAUGACCUGGUUCAUCUUUGGUGUUCUCUUUUAUCUAAUUGGAAUGACAAAUGGAGACUUUGAUAGUGAGCUGCCUUCCAAUCACACCCCCUGUGUGAUGAAUGUAGAAACACUUACAGGGGCUUACCUAUUUUCUCUUGAAUCUCAGACCACCAUUGGCUAUGGCUUCCGUUACAUUUCAGAGGAAUGCCCACUUGCUAUCUUCACUUUGGUGGCCCAGCUGGUUAUCACUGGCCUGGCAGAGAUCUUUGUCACAGGGGCACUGUUAGCUAAGCUGGCACGCCCGAAAAAGAGAGCCGAGACUAUCAAGUUCAGCCAGUCAGCUGUAGUCUGCAAACACGAGGGCAAGCUGUGUCUGAUGGUCAGGGUGGCCAACUUGAGGAAGAGCCUGCUGAUCCAAUGUAAUCUGACAGGUAAGCUUCUCUUCCCCUAUGUAACACAUGAAGGGGAGAAGACCCAAAUCCAGCAAAGCAAUGUGGACUUCCAGUUGGACUCUAGUGGAGAGUGUCCCUUCCUCAGCCUUCCUCUAACAUUUUACCAUGUCCUGGAUGAGACCAGUCCCUUGGCAGGUCUCUCUGCAGAGAACCUUCAGACAAGAGACUUUGAGUUGCUGGUGACACUCAAUGCAACAAUGGAAUCAACUGCUGCCACUUGCCAGAGCCGUACAUCUUAUGUGCCCCAGGAGAUCAUGUGGGGUUAUGAAUUUAAGCCAGUGCUCUUCACCACUCCAAGGGGGCGCUAUGUUGCUGACUUUAAUUUCUUUGACAAAAUGAAGCCCUGCAAUGACUCCACCCUGCUCAGCAAUCACACAGAGAAGCUUCAGCUUGAAGAGGAGUAUCGUAGAGAGUAAAUACAAUUUUAACCAUUUUUUAAAUUGAAAGUAGUCAGUACCUUUUUCAGAACAUUAAAAGGGACGCAUUUUAAAAAUCCCAUGAGCGCCACAAUGUCAGCUAGACAUAAAAUGUAGAUAUUGGACCCUGAUAUUCUUAAAAUAUAGAACUGGAAUGUUACAUACACACUCGUGUUACAUGUUACAUAAACACUCAUUACCCCUCUGAAAUCAAUUGUGUGUUGGCCCCUGAUAUCUAUUUUUAUCUGGUCUUUCCUUCUAGCCAGUUCCUGUAAAUAUCUUAUCAGUUAAUAAAAACCUAUGGCCUGCAAGUAGGCUUUCCAUCUGUUUGAACCUUA